AUAUCAUAGAUUAUUACUAGUAGAUUAUUACGAGUACUCUCUUCUAUCCCAUAAAUGCAUCAAAAGAAUAUAAUUUAAAUCAACAACAUGACAAUUAAACGGGUACCACAGGGCCACAGAUGUAAGUAUCAUCCAAUCUUUGUACGAGUAAAUAAUAACAACUCUUACAAGGUUUCUUUCAACCGUUAUCAAUUGAGUACAAAUUGCAAUAUCUAGCACCCAGAAAAGUACCUGUCAAAAAAAAAAAAAAAAAAAAAAAAAUAUGAAGAUAAAAUAAAAACACCAAGUGACCCACCCACAUCGGCCACAUGUACAACAUGCUGUCAUGUGUUACAUAUUUUGUUUUUUCGUAUAAUACAUGCUGCUUACUCUGCUCCAAACUCCAAACACUUGAAUAUUCCAACUCAAACACACAAUUUACAGAAUAAUCAAUGGAAACUUCAAACACCAACUCUGUUAAUUCUCAACCUCCAUUUCAAAGGUUAUCAGGAAAAGUGGCCUUGGUAACCGGAGGAGCCAAUGGAAUAGGAGAGAGCAUUGUGCGUUUAUUCCACAAUAGUGGUGCGAAAGUAUGUUUUGUAGAUAUAAAUGAUGAUGAUGGCCAACGCCUCUUUAAUUCUUUUGGUGGUGACUCGAACAUCUGUUUCGUCCACUGUGAUGUUAGUAAAGAAGAUGAUGUCCGGCAUGCCGUUGACUUUACAGUUGAAAAGUUUGGCGCUCUUGAUAUUAUGGUGAACAAUGCAGGGAUUUCAGGUCCUCCUAGCAGUGACAUUCGUAAUGUAGACCUUUCUGAUUUCGAGAGGACAUUCGACAUAAAUGUGAAGGGUGUGUUUCUAGGGAUGAAGCAUGCUGCUCGAGUAAUGAUCCCAUCUAAAAAAGGGUCCAUUAUUUCAAUCUCUAGUGUUUCAAGCAUUGUAGCAGGUGUAGGUCCACAUGCAUACACAGGGUCUAAACAUGCUGUUUUGGGACUAACAAAGAGUGUGGCAGCUGAACUAGGACUGCAUGGGAUACGAGUUAACUGUGUUUCUCCCUAUGCGAUUCCAACAAAGUUGUCCGUGGCUCAUUUGCCCGAGGAUGAGAGGACCGAAGAUGUUUUCGCUGGUGUCCGUGCCUUCAGUGCAAAAAACGCCAAUCUGCAUGGGGUGGAGCUGACAGUCGAUGAUGUUGCUAAUUGCGUGCUUUUUUUGGCAAGCGACGAGGCAAAGUAUAUAAGUGGGGAUAAUCUUGUGGUUGAUGGAGGGUUCACAGUUGUGAAUCACUCCUUUAAAGUUUUCAGAUGAUAUAUGUGGAUUAGUAUAUGAAUUGAUGAUUCAAAUGGUGAUUAUGAAAUUGGAGUAAUUGUGAAUUUUGAGUUUCCAACCUCUGUUUAGAUGCUUUAAUUUAUGUCGAUAAUGAAGACAUUGUUUAUAUUGAACUAUUGGAGUGAUGCACAAUUAUAGAGCUUGAUCUUGUAAUUGAUUGUAUUUCAAUUGAAAUUUGAAGUCCAUGUAUCGUUGUUGGGUUUAA